ACAGCUCAAAAAAUUCAACUGCCAGGCUCAAAGGUGGGCUGUGUAGUGAGGAAAAUAAAGCUGGAAGGAGUUUGCAUGCUCAGCCUAGAACUGGGAAUCAGUUGUGGGAGUUGAAGAGAACGGGCAGGAAACAAAUGAGAUGAGAAACACCGGGUUAGUGUGAGUAUGGGAUCAGGAUGUGUGUGUGCUGCAGGAGCAGGCAGAGUGUCACAGAGAGAAGCAGUGCAGAGAGGCCCAACAGGAAGGGCUGCAGAGGAAUCUGUCAGUAGCUACUGGCAGAACACAAUUGCAAAGUGCCAUGAGGACAUAUCUGGGGUGGGUUUCUUUCCGCCAUGCAGCCUUUCCAAUGCUCACAGAGAGCAGAGAGAGCAGCUUGGGUUACACUCCAUGGGCUGGACAGGGACAGGCAGGGAGAAGCAGCUGCUCAGAGCACAGCCCUCCACCAGCGAUGGCAGCUGGUCACAACGCUGUCCACACAGAAAAACAACCAAGCAAGCAGGGACAGGCUGAGGGUGAAAUCAGAGUUUGCCCUCUGCCUCUGAGUGCAGCCACACAAGAGAGGAUGUGUAAGCAGCCAGCAUCCCAUGACCACACAGCUUUCCAUGACUCACCAAGGAACCCAGGGGUGGUUUCCCACUAAUAACCCUGAGAGCACAGCAAACCCACCACUGAAUUACAUCAGCAACUCAAAUCCAGCCCAAGCUGGCAGGGUUUUUGAUUCCCACAGAAGAAAUCAUAACUAUUUUCUACAAAGACAGACAAACAGGUAUUUGAGAAUUUCCACAUCAACACACAGAGGUGCCUGAUGUGGCAGGAGCCACAAACACCUUUUGCAGCAGCCCAGCAGGGCAGGCAGAGCAGAAGUUUGUCCGUGGGACAGUGGGACACACCAUCUCUGAGAUAAGAGCCCCGAGCUGCUGGCGCAGACGCUUCCUGCCGGCGUUGGCAACUUCCUCCCUCUCAGCACAAACUUGUGCAUGAAAAGAGCCAUUUUGCCCUGCCUGACUCUGAGCACACACAGCUCUCCUGAGCCUCAAACAACAAAGGCAGACGGUGCCUGCUCCAGAGAAGAUAAAUGUGCAGAGGACCCUUGCAAAGAGGCUGGAGGGAAAUGGCCAGCAACCAGGUCGUGCUGGUUCUCUUCUAUGGGGAAAUCUGGAGCUCCCUUUCUGCAGCAGCACCUCAUCACGCUGCCAGCACUGAAAGCCACACGUGCACCACUGCCACGAGCCCAAGGGCAGACAACCCCCUCCUCCACCACCUGCAAGCAACUGUGCCCAGCUUCCAGCAGUCUGACAGAAGCCAGGCUGCUACAGAAGCCCAGGCCUUCCCAGGGGAGGAGGAAGCUGGGGAUGGCAGCUGGGUAGCAGCGCUGAUCCUUGGCAGCAUUUUGAUUGGGAUGGCGCUGGCAGUCGUGGUCAUUCUCCUGUGGAAAUGCUGCCUGAGGCCUCCUCGGGCCGAGUCCCACUGGGCAGGCCGGUCCCCCUUCGUGGAUGGGGACACGUCAGACCUCUUCAUGGACCCUGACCCCGGCACCAAGCGUUCUUCAGUCUUAUUUAUGUUGCCUUGGAGACUGAAACAAGCCACAAACUUGCAGGAGGACCCGACUGCCUCAGAGAACCCACCCCACCACACUACCAGUACAGAGAACGGGCAGCCAGCUCCGCCGGCUGCGGGCUGCUCCGGAGCCAGCUCGGCCCCAGCCCCUGCCUCAGAGCAGGAGCCAGCCAACACUGCAGCUGAGUCCUGUCCUCCUCCAGACCCUCCAGCCGAGUGCUCUGACCUGCCACCACCCCCUGACUGGCUCAGGGAACCCGCUGAGGAGCCCAGCUCAGACCCCAGCAAGCACUCGGCACUUCACCUGGAAGCAGAGGAACCACAGCCCUCACCACCUGAGCUACUGAACCAGGAGAUCCACAAAACACUGCCCCAGCCAGAACACCCUUUGUAGACUGCCAAAUUUAUUUCCAGAAUACUCUACAUCUUUCUUAAACCAAGUAAUUUUCAAGAAAGUAAAAAAAGGAGAAGUCGACACAGGCAAGAAUGGUGAGGCCCCAGCAUUUCCUUGUCAUUUCCCUGGUGUUUCCCAACUUCGGCUUUCACAAGAGAGAACAACCUGCUUCUGCCUGAAGCAAAUUUCUGACUACAAAACAAAUUGUGCCCAGUCAUCACCUGUAGCUAGAGAUUCCAGAAGGCAGAGUACACAGCUGUGUGUGCCAGCACAGCCAGACACAGGUAACACACACGUGGAGAUGUCACAGACAGCCCAACGUCAGAGGGACUCGGCUUCGCACCCGGGUUUGCUCCACUGGGCCGUGCAAGUGAGUGCAAUCACUUCCAGGACAUUUCAAUAAAGCUUUCUCAGUCAAA